AUGAAAUCAGCUAAACCUCCGAAUCUCCCUGAUAAAUCUCUUAAACCCAAUUUCUUCUACGGCCACCGUAAGCCGUCGCGUAACCGUCCCGUCGUCUACGGUGGUCUCUUCUCCAAUCGCUCCAAUCGCCAAUCUCUCUCCCAGGAUUCACCCCAACCGCAAUCCAACUCCGUCGUCGGCCGAACGACUUUCGAUCUCCGCAAAUGGGACCCAGAAACCCAUCUCCCUUCGGAAAGAGCUCCACCUUCGUCUCCUCCUUCCACGGUGAUCUCCGCCGCCUCCGAACGCCUCUCCCCAAUCGCGAGGUUCGUCCUCGACGCUUUCCGGAAGAAUCGUAACCACUGGGGUCCCUCUGUGGUCUCUGAGCUCAACAAACUCCGCCGCGUCACGCCGAGCAUCGUCGCCGAGGUUCUGAAAACAGGAAACGACGCUGCAGUCGCCGCCAAGUUCUUCCACUGGGCCGGUAAGCAAAAGGGGUAUAAACACGAUUUCUCCUCUUACAACGCCUUUGCCUAUUGCCUUAAUCGAACCGGAAACUUCCGCGCCGCCGAUCAGUUGCCGGAGCUGAUGGAUUCUCAAGGAAGACCUCCAUCGGAGAAACAAUUCGAGAUUCUGAUCAGAAUGCAUUCGGAUAACAAGAGAGGGUUAAGAGUUUAUUUUACGUUUAUGAGAAGAUGA